GUGAUGUUGACUAAUGGCUUUUGCAGUCGCACAAUGGGUGCUUUUAUUGGCUUACGGCAAUUCGGGAAAUACAGAUCUGUUCCAAAACACUUUUGGUUCUACUAUUUACUCUAUUUCCGGAAAAAAUUUUGUCAACAACUGUAGGUGAUACAGGGUGUUUUAUCGAAAAGCGGCAGAAUCAAUGAAGUGAAAAAUUAAUUGUAUAUAUUUACCAGCAUUAUGCCAGGCAAAAGGAAUAAAGCCCAACAGUCCAAAACAAGUCAGGUGAAAAGACCACGUCGUGCACAGAACGGAACUGGAGAGUCCACUACCAAUGAUGCUGUGGCUGUCGAUGCAAGCACUCAACCCCUUGAUGUUCCUCCUGAAACCUUGGCUGCAUUAACCCAAACCAUAACAAAGGCAGUCACGGAGAAGGUGUUAGCAGAGAUAAAACCAUUACUGCAACAUCAGGGGAGUAUCUCUGUUCAUAAUAUGGGGGGAGAAGGGGGAAAUAAUGCUUCCACUACAUCAAGCAAUAGCUUAACAGCAAGUCCUUCUGGGUCAGUUUGUCAAAUAACAAAUAAGUCAGUGGAUGCAAGUAUUUCAGGAUUGGUAUCAGGCGCUGUAAUCGAACACAGUUCACAGAUUGUAGGUACUGAACUUCCACCUGCAGCAAAUGUCGGUAAGAAAUCAGGUUUUGUAAGCUCAUCAGUACCGAUAGAGGCAACUGUUUCUGACAAAAUAAAAACUAAAAUUUGGUCAAAACAAUAUGUUGAUAUGGCUCUGUUGUUAAAAAAGGAAAAGGGGAAAAGUAAGUAUUCUAUCAAGGUAGAGGAACAGGAUCACACAGGUAAGGUGGUAAUCCACAAUAUGCGAUCCACAGAUGACGACGAAGUUAGGGAUGGUUCGUUAUCCCUGCAUGACUGGGUAACUGCGUGGAAUAGGUAUGUGACAAUAUAUUGCAUUAAAGAUACACUUGCACAGCCAAAGCUUGCAAAACACAUGGAAUCGGUAAGGCAAAUUGCAGAGGAAAAGGGGGACUGGAGAAAAUAUGAUAAGGAGUUCAGGGAACUCAUAGAACAAGGUGAGGUAGAAUGGGGUGAUGUCCAUAUGGAGAUAUAUGUUAAUGCUCGACUCAAACAAUCAGAAAAGAAGUCAAGCAAAAUAACACCAGACCGUUCGUCAUUUGGUACGUAUGAGGAAGUCCCUCAGGGGUCAUGCUUUGCCUAUCACAAAGCUGGAAGAUAUUGUAGGCUUGGUUCAUCAUGCAAAUUCCAGCACAGAUGUUAUAACUGUGGUGGCUUCCAUCCAAUCUAUAUAUGUAAAAAACCAAUUCAACGGCCAUUUCGUUUCUUGGACAAAUCCAGAACCCAAAAACCAUUUCAAGGAAAUGGCACAUCAACCAACACAGGUAAUGCUAAAUUCUCAAAGCCAACCUUGUCGUGUAUAUAUUUACUAGCAUUAUGCCAGGCAAAAGGAAUAAAGUCCAAAACAAGUCAGGCGAAAAGACCACGUCGUGCACAGAACGGAACUGGAGAGUCCACUACCAAUGAUGCUGUGGCUGUCGAUACAAGCACUCAACCCCUUGAUGUUCCUCCUGAAACCUUGGCUGCAUUAACCCAAACCAUAACAAAGGCAGUCACGGAGAAGGUGUUAGCAGAGAUAAAACCGUUACUGCAACAUCAGGGGAGUAUCUCUGUUCAUAAUAUGGGGGGAGAAAGGGGAAAUAAUGCUUCCACUACAUCAAGCAAUAGCUUAACAGCAGGUCCUUCUGGGUCAGUUUGUCAAAUAACAAAUAAGUCAGUGGAUGCAAGUAUCUCAGGAUUGGUAUCAGGCGCUGUAAUCGAACACAGUUCACAGAUUGUAGGUACUGAACUUCCACCUGCAGCAAAUGUCG